UGAAGAGGCAGCGGAGCCCCGAACCGCGGAGGCAGAGAGCAGACGCACUCACAGUCUGCACGGCCGCCGCGGAGGAAACACAACCGAGAGCCAUGGCAGCAGCGAGAAUGCGCUCCACUCGGAGACUGCGCUCCUGGAUCGUCGAGCAGGUCAGCAGUGGAAAAUAUCCCGGGCUGGUGUGGGAUGACGAGGCCAAAACCAUGUUCCGCAUCCCGUGGAAGCAUGCGGGGAAACAGGAUUUCCGCAAAGACGAGGACGCUGCCAUCUUCAAGGCGUGGGCAGAGUUCAAAGGAAAGCUGACGGAUGGGGGGCAGGACAGCCCGGCCUCCUGGAAGACCCGGCUGCGCUGUGCCCUCAACAAAAGUCCAGAGUUCAAGGAGGUGAUGGAACGAGCCCAGCUGGACAUCUCCGAGCCGUACAAGGUCUACCGCCUGGUCCCCUUCAGCGAGCAGGGUGUGGUGGUCCCCGAAAAGAAAUGCAGAGAAAAAACGACCAGGAAGUCGAAAAGGAGGAGCAGCGAAUUAGAGAGCGACGACGUCGGUCAUGUCAAGCAGAUAAAGAUGGAGGAGGUCACGUCUCAGCUGGGUGCUGAAGAUGCUCUGCUGCAGAGUGACAUCACCGUCCAGACAGAGGAGCCUGUUCAGCAGCACACCACCACCACCAUCCAGAGAGACUUGGUCGAUGAGAUCAGGCUGGAUGUGCGGAUCGAGGAGAGCGUCCCUGCCCCUCAAGAAGUCCAGGACUCCUUCAAUGUGGAGGUUCACUACUUAGGACAGGAGGUUCUGAAACGUCAAAUCCUGGGCACCGAUGUCCGGAUAACGUACCUGCCCUCCUCCCUCAUUCCCCCGACGCCGGCCGCCCUGAAAGGCAGGUUUCCACGCAUCCCUCUGCCGGAGCCGCCCUCCACGCUGCCGGCCGGCCAGGAGCUGCAGGCGCUGUUCACCCUGCUGCCCUUCAUGGAGAAAGGAGUGGUGCUGACCUCCACGCCGCAGGGAGUGUACGGGAAGAGGUUCUGCCAGGGGCGGGUCUUCUGGACGGGGCCGCACACGACCACACAGGGGCUGCACAAGAUGGAGAGAAACACUGAGCCGGUGCUGCUCUUCAGCAAAGACACCUUCAAGCAACAGCUGGACCACUUCCGUUCGAACGGUGGCGAGCCUCCUCAGUGCGGCGUCACCCUGUGUUUUGGGGAAGAGCUGAGUAACACUGAGGACCCAUCCAGAAAACUCAUCAUUGUGCAGGUAAAGAUCACUUUACCAUGGGCAGAGCAGCAGGUCCAGAACGCUCAGUCCAUCUUUGAGUCCAUCACAAUCCUCCAGUCCCUGGCCAGUCAGUCUCCGCUGGGAGAAAUAACUCUGAACCUGGUCACCGUGCCUUUGUCGACGUCCGAGGAGCUCACCUGCGGGACUCUCUGAGCACUGGAGGCAACGUCAGGUUUCCAUUUCAAAAAAAGCGACAUCCUCCAGUUUACACCAAUUCUUAUGUCUUAAGUGAGACCACAAGGGCUGAGCCAUGGGUCGACAUGUUUAUCACUUACCACCAUUACCAAAUCAUGGAAAAUUAAAUGAAGGAAUUCAUAUUAGAAACACAGAUUAUUUUACAGUAUGAAUUCUCCCCGAAUGACAUGUCAAAAUAAGAGACUACUUUGUUUGGCAAUGAAAUUCUUUUACAUACCACUCAGCCCACACAAAUAGCACAAAACAGAAGCAAACUAGUUAAUCUUAGUCCUGGGGAUGCCAGAGCUUUCAAACUUUACCACUGGAGAUCAAACAGUGAACUUUCUGUCCCCUGGAAACGGAUUUUCAGGGAUGGACUUUGGCCCCUUAGGUCCUAGUAGAGAUUAGUUGGUAUACUGGAAGCACUACAUGUAAACCAACACUGAGAAGUCGUCUAAAAGAAUGUAACGUUAACUCACUUCUCUGCAUUUUCCUCUAAGCCAGUGGUUCCCAACAUGUGGGUCGGGACCCCCCGCAAAGUUAAAUCAACAGGAUAUGAAAGCAGGAAAACACGUCUAGCAUUUCUCUAAACUUUGCUCUUUUUUUUUGGUGUAAAUUGCUGGAUAAUUCAAGGCAUUUUAAGGUCACAAGCAGACACUGCUUUGUUUUAAAAAAGGGGUCACAAAGGGGAACCACAGGUGUAAUCAACUGAUAACCAUCUUGUUUAUACUACAGCGCUGUAGAAACCUUUAGAUCUCAAAUACUAAUUUUACAGUAUAACAAAAGGGAAACACCAUAUGUAAAGUCGUAGCUGUUCAGUAGAGAAAUAGUCAGAAAACAAAAACAAAAAAAAAAAAAAAAAAAAA